GACUGAAUGUAUUAUUUCGUGGGAAUUUAGACACAUGUAAGGCGUUAAAUCCCAUUUCUCUGUUGUCUACGAGGGCGGCGCAGUUAUGGUGCUUUUGCAAAAUAGGUCCGGGAGGAAACUUGUUUUAGGGUGAGCGAGCCUAAAAUGGCUAAAUCCGUACAAAACGAAAUAGGCCAGCUGCCUGUAAUAAUCAAAGUAGAAGACGAGCCUCAACAAAAAACACUAGAAGACGUAUGUCGAUUAUGCGAUAACACUUUUCCCGGAAAAAAAGACAAACAUAACUUGAUCAUCGGUGCCCUACAGGUGAAGCCUGCCUAUACUUUAGCUCUGGAGGAGCUCACCGGAGCCGUCAGCUGCACAGACGACGUGAUAGCGGUGUGUAGCUCCUGCAGGACGCUGCUCAACCGAUACUACCGGAGCUCGAGUGAGGUGGAACGGAUCGGCACAUUGGUCAAGUCUAUGUCAACUAAAAGGUGCAUCAGAUCACCUGAGACCGAUGACGGCCACGUCCGAAAAUGGAUCGUUAUCGGGAAUGAGACUCUUGCCAGACAGAGUGUGGACUCCACCGAGUCAGCGUCACCUCUCCAGGAGUGUGUGAGCCAAGUCCAGCUCAAGCCUCAGACUUCUGCCGCUGAAGACUCUGCAACUCCAGCUCUGGGUUCAGAACCAAGACAGGCAGACGUUAUUCAAACAGCAGUCCUUUCAGCUGUUGAGGCAAGCAGUAGCAGACCACAGCCCCAAUCCCAGCAUGCCCCUCAGCUAACUGCCUCGCUGUCUGGGGAUGGAGCAGUGAGGAGGACAUUUGUUAUGGCUCCGGUUGUUUGGUCUGCACAGUCAGUUCAGUCUGCUGUGUGCAGUCUGAAAACAAAACUGCAGUCCCAGCCUCCACCGCAGCCAACUUCCCCGCUUCAUGAUGGACCAGUGAAGAAGAAAUUUAUCACCAUAGCCCCUGCACUGCAUCCACCACCAGUUCAGUCUGCUCCAUGUAGUCAGAAGCCCAGGUCUCAUCCACAGUCUCAGCGUCAGCUUCCGCCUCAACCAAUUUCCCCACCGUCUCAUGAUGGACCAGUGAAGAAGAAAUUUGUCACCUUAGCCCCUGCACUGCAUCCACCAGGUCAGUCAGUGUCAGCACUCCAAGAGUGUGUUAGCCGAGCCCAGGCCGAGUCUCAGCUUCAGCCUUGCACAUCAUCACAGCCCACUGAGCCGACUUCAGUAGCUGGAGACUCUGCAGCUUCAGCCAUGUCUUUACAACCAGAACAGAAUCAGCUGGAUUGCAGCCAUACUGUGACACAACCUGGAAAAGGCCCUUUGCCAUCAUGUUCCCCUACAAUAACUGAAGCCAAGUCAGUGGGAGACAGUGCAUUAACACAGUCUGCAAACACAAGAGGACCAAUGGCAAAACAAUCAAAGAUUGUCAUAACAACUCCAAACUCCGUGUCAAGUCGGAUCGUUACAGGACCCCUGCAGGUGGUGCUCGAUAACAUUGUGAAAGGACGUAUCAACAGAAUCCCGCAUGCAAUUAUGUUGGUCCCUGGACUGUUUGAUGUAAUGGUCCAAGAGGUGCUCGAUGUAUUGAAAAAGGAGUGCAAGAAGCUAACCAGCCUGAAAUUCGGGUCUGUUCUCCGACAGACCAGUUUCAAGAACUUAAAAGACUUUAAAUGGAUGGAUGUGGUUGCAGAGUGGCAGACAAAUGCACCCACUUUUCUAAAGUUUUUAGAGGCUGCGAGUUCUAUCUCCAUGGAGGCCACGACUUUAAAACCACCACGGAUCUCUCAUGGAAAGACCAACAAAUUCAAAAUCCCUAUGGCUGGGGCAAUUCUGUUAAAUGCACGCUGUUUGUCGAUGUCUGCACAUAUGUACAGGAAUGCUCUGGUUAUGCACCACUGCAGGGCAAAAACACGCUUUCGGAGAUUAAAUCGACUGGGGGUCUGCAUAUCUGGCAAUAGGGCUCUUGCAAAGCUGAAAGAAAAGUUCCUCCAGUGGAAAGAGAAGGGAUGUGAAGAUGGCAAGGUGUCAAAUCGCAACUGUGGGGGAGCAGACUCUGGAGGAGAGUUCACUGUACAACUGCAGGACACAGAUUCAGAUGAGAGCAAGGAUGAGAGUGAAAACAGGAGGUCACCAGAAGACGGAGCACCUGUUGAGAGUGAAUCUGAUGUGGCAACACCUGACGACAGUGAUGAUGAAGAGGAGGUCAGAUGCACGCUAAAUGGCCACGAGUUACCGUGCAACCUGACAGAGAUUCAGAAGUUCACUCAGGGGAAGAAGUACGAGAAACUGAGUGCAACUGCAGAGUUCAACUACAGCCAAUACGAGCCUCAUAUUGUACCGAGCACCAAACAACCAAAUCAGCUCUUCUGUAAACUGACCCUCAGGCACCUCAACCGACAGCCACACCACGUCCUGAAACACGUCAACGGAAAACGCUACAGGAAAGCGCUCGCUAAAUAUGAGGAGUGUGUGAAGCAGGGAACUGAAUUUGUUCCUGCCAGACUCAAACAGAAAAAGCCCAGAAACAUUGGAGAGCAGGCAUCAGAGAGGGGGAGCAGCAUGAAAAAACAUGGGAGCGACAUGUGGGAGCCCACGUCGAGUGAGGACGACCACAGUGACUCAGAUGACAGCAUGAGUGACCUCUACCCUCCAUCUAUGUUCACUUUGAAAAAUUCAGCUGAAAAAGACAUGGAGGAUAGGGAUGAGGAUGGUGACGACUUCCAAACAGAUGAAGAAGAGGAGAUGGAGACGGACACCCAGAUGUUGCCGAAACGCAAGAAGGUCAGGACAUUUGUUCUAACAUUUUCUGUUGGCUUUGGUUUUAAUGACGAUCAUAUCCUGAUGAAGAGUAACGCAUAGUAUUUAAUCAGCAGAUGAAAGACUCGGUUUUUAAUUUCACAGGUCGAUCAGAAAAUCAGGGUUAAAACUGGACUGAAUCAGUGAUGAUCAAGCAUAAAAUAGAUAUGUUUAUGGUUAAUGGUCUUUUGUACAGAACAAGUAAUAUAAAUAAUAGGUUCUUAUAUUUCCUGCUGAACGUUUCUGCCUGUCUUUCUGCACUAUUUUUUGCUACUGUAAACACUGCAAUUUGCCUAAAGUGGGAUCAAUAACUUCAUAUCUUAUGUCUGAUAAUCAAUGUCCUUUGCUCUUUAUCUGGAAAUGACAAAUACUGUAAUCUGAAAACAUAUUUGGGAGCAAUUGAAAAGUGCCAUCAUGUAUCGUGCCUCCAGUACAGGCAGGUGGAGUAGUUUUAGGAUCUGGUGUUGUUUCAAAUGGUCAGGUCUAGGUUCAGCAAUGUUAUGUGACCAAAACAAAUGGAAAUAAAUGCCGUUGAGUUAUUUCAAAUUUAAAACCAAAAAACGCAAAGAAAAAGUAAGAGAAAAAGAAAAAAAAAAAAAACAUUUUCGAAAAGGAGCGGGAUGAAGUACAAUUUAUAUUCUCCCACCCCCUUAACCCAUCUUUUUCUACUGGCCACAAAGUCCCAUGCCAGCUCCACAAAAUAACU